AUGGCCUCGUCGCGUUUGGCGCAGGAGCUCGCGCAGUCACUGCCUCGGGGCGUGCAACUGUCGGUGCGGCACGUGGCUUGCGCGCCCACUCCCUGUCAGCCCAUCUUCGCCGCGCCUCCAGGUGAGGAUCCAGAGCUAACCAGUCGCGAAAACCACUUUCUUGCCGUGUCGAUCAGACCAAGCGACACUUCUACCGACAAUGGCAAUAAUGGAGAACUGCUGGUUUUCUCAAUUGAGGUUCUGGUGUAUACCACUGCGCGCCUGACCACGGUCUUUGUAUCCAAGGCCGACUCGACCGGCUACCUCCACCUUUUGAACCAGCCUACGAAAUCACUGACCAGAACCGUGUUUACUGUAUUCAUCUCUAACAUCUUGCGCGAAUGUCAGCGGCCGGGUAUACGCCUUGUGCUAUCUCUCUUCGCCAGGGCUCAAAACCAGUACCUCUUCCCCGGCAGCAUAGAAAACGCGCAUAAACACGUCUUGGAUGAUCGCGGGUUAAUCAAGUGGUGGGGCCGCGUCUUCGAUGCUAUCCUACGGGGUUUCGGGCCGGAGAACCAAUCUACAAACAUCGCCGAAAAGCAAGGAUCGAGCGGAACAGAAGUCGAAAAUACCACGGCCACCGCGUACCUCAUCGUUCCUGGAUGCGACAAGUACGAGACCAGAGCCUUCUUUCCACCGAGUGCAAAGCUAGAUCCCCAAGGCAAACCCCGCUGGCUGAAUAGCUAUCCCCUCCAUCAGAUCUGCCCGACUCCCGAUGCCCCUCCACGAUGCCUCGUCCCUCGUUUCCCCGACGACCCCAAGGGGAGAUUCCUCGACGAGCUUGACGACGAAAUCUUUGGUCAGAAUGCGAAACCCCCCAAAGGAAAGGUCCUUAAAUGGGUGAAUGAAAUGAUGGAUGAAACUGAAAAGUCUUCCCACAGCCGUCCCACUACUGGUCAGUGGCUGAGCGUAAAAUCUCUUGUGGAGUUUUGGGAAAUGAUGACGUUCAGACAAGAAUGUUCUGCCGGGAGGCUUGUCGGAUUUUUAUGGAUGAUCAUUAAUCCACCGGGAUUGCUGAAAUCGGAUGGAUUAAAAACAGCUGCGUCCCUAAAGUCGAGUGACCAGCCGAAAUUCCCAUUUCGUUCGAAACCAGAUGUUUCGGCCGCCAAAGCUUAUGAAUCGAUCGAGCCGAGGGCAGAAACUGCCUUGUUCAACCAGUCGGAACAAGUCCCAAAAGACAUCCCUGUAUCAAAUGGCACCAAAACCCCGUCCUGCGCAGAAAACGGGGCAUCCGAAGGACAAGCAAAUCAAUCCACCCCGACCACAGAAAGUAAUCAAACCAAAUCCCCUGCAAAAAUUAGCAACACUAUACUUCUUAGCAAGAAGAAGUAUAACACCUUGUGCAAUUUUCUUCUCACGCUCGACUUUGCCGACAAAUCACUCGCUCUGGCCAGUACCAAAUCUUGGCUCGAGAAACUCUCUACCUUGGCGGAUGGUACAGACCACGGUGAGGUGGUUGAUGGCGCCAAUGAUCCGUCUGAAGUGUCAGAAUCACCACUCGGUAGUCAAGCAGAGCCCUCAAAUCCGUUAAAUACCGGACUGAUUUUUAAGAAACGCAAGAGGCAUACGAACGACGACCACCCAGACGUAACCAAUUCACAGCAAGAAUCAAGCACCAAAGUAAAUGUCUUGAAUGCUACGCUGAUAAGGAAGAAGAAGAAAACUGGGUAA